CAAAGAACAAAAACUAAUCCAAGUCUCAACACUCAUCUUUUUGCUAAGGACCAGACCAGACGUCUCGUAAACACUCGUCCAUCUCACCAUUUUAAUUUGUACAUUGAAUUUUAUUCCGUUCUGAAAGUAAAGUACGUCGUGUCACGAUAAUGGCAACACGAAUGUCUCAGAGUGGUGGAAUCGAGAAAGAAACUGCAUGUACUAAAAACAGUACCGCGGGAGGAGAGCAGAUAAAGCCUCGCAUCUUCACAACCAAACGACGAGGCAAGACCUUCCUGUUCAUCGACAUUGCAAAAUUUAAUCCCAAAAAGUUCGGAGCAUUUGGAUCGAAACAGUGGUUCAUGUCGUUAGUCAAGCAUCUCGACGAGCCAGGAGUCGUUCGGCUGGAAAAUGUGAAGUCUUGGUUUCAACAAUUCUAUGAUACCUUUGCGAAUGCUCAAUAUGGAGACGAAGAAGGAGUUGAUUCGCCAUCGUCAGCGUCAUCUUCGCCAUCAUCUUCAUCCUCCGGUGAUCAAGAUGACAACGACAGAACCCCGUCAACAGAAUCACAUAGCGAAGAAGACAGCGAUGUUGACAUCGAGACUCGUUCGUCAUCAUCUCCACAGCUGGAAAUACUGGAAACUCCCAAAAAGAACUCGCCCGUUUCCGAAAAUAGUGAUCAAAAGGAGCCACCCUCAAAACUUGCAAGUGACGAUACGCCACCAGUUUCCGAAAAUGGUGAUCAAGAGGAACCAGUCCCAGAGCGUGCAAGUGAUGAUACGCCCGGCUUUGGAAUAUCCAACAUUGAAGACGAGGCCGUCUACGAGUUUUUAGCACCAUUCCGAAAUGACGCCAACGAGGCUCAACAAAACUCCGGGAUCAAUUUAGAUUUGCUGGAUCCUGGUCUCAUUGACGAAGUACUUUGCGAGCUGGAUACCUACUUUUUAGGCAUUGACACCGACGAAAUCCUUAAAAUGGUUGCAGAAACCCCUGCCCCCAAGUAGUAAUUGAUUGAUUGAGUCGGUUGUACAUAUUUAUUUCGCUUUAUUUUGAAGCUGGAAAAUAUAUUUUGAUAUUUAUAUUAUUUAUUUGUGUAUAUUUAUAUUUAUAUGGUUGUUGGGAAGAAUGUUUUUUACAAUAAAGUUGAGUUUGUAAAUAGAUAAUUUAAUUUAAUUGUUUUAAAUAGUUGGUCGAAAUUUAUUCUUUGCACAAUUAUUGAGCGCCAUAAGUCAUGGUAAAUUAUUAGAUAGACGAAACCGCUUUACUAAUAAGUACUAAUACUCACAAUUUUGCAUGAUUUUAUAAAACUAAACAUGAAAUA